CCGCCGCCAGCGCCGCCGUGCCGGAGCCGAGGGGACCCGGGCCGCCGCCCCGACGCGCCUCCUGCUCGCCGCCGGCUCCCUGUCCUCGGACUCACUCCAGCAGCCUGUUAAAACAUGGUGGAUUACUAUGAGGUUCUAGGCGUGCAGAGACAUGCCUCAGCCGAGGACAUUAAAAAGGCGUACCGGAAACUGGCACUGAAGUGGCAUCCAGAUAAAAACCCGGAGAAUAAAGAAGAGGCAGAGAGAAAAUUCAAACAAGUAGCUGAGGCGUAUGAGGUGUUAUCAGAUGCCAAAAAACGGGACAUCUACGACAGAUACGGCAAAGAAGGGUUAAAUGGAGGUGGAGGAGGGAUUCAUUUCGACAAUCAGUUUGAGUUCGGCUUCACAUUCCGUAACCCAGAUGACGUCUUCAGGGAAUUUUUUGGUGGAAGGGACCCAUUUUCAUUUGACUUCUUUGAAGACCCAUUCGAGGAAUUUUUUGGCAGUCGUAGAGGCCCCCGUGGAAGCAGGAACCGGAGCACAGGGUCAUUUUUCUCUGCCUUCAGUGGAUUUCCGUCUUUCGGAGGAGGGUUUCCGGCUUUUGAUUCAGGAUUUACUUCCUUCGCAUCACCGGGUCACGGCCUCACUUCAUUCUCGUCUGCGGCAUUCGGCGGUAGUGGGAUGGGCAACUUCAAGUCCAUAUCGACUUCUACAAAAAUGGUCAACGGCAGGAAAAUCACUACAAAGAGAAUUGUGGAGAACGGUGAAGAGAGAGUAGAAGUUGAAGAGAACGGCCAGUUAAAGUCCCUAACGAUAAAUGGUGUGGCCGACGAGAACGCGCUCCUGGAGGAGUGCCGGCGCAGAGGCCAGAACGCACUGCCCUCCCAGCCCGCCGGCACCAGCGGCCCGUCGUCGAGGCCCCACAGGCCCGCCUCCCUGCCCAAACCCGAGUCUGAGCACGUGCGCGAAGAGGAGGACGAGCCAGGCCGUCAGCGGGCCGCCGGCAGCCCCUGGGACCCCUCCGUGCUCUCUGCAGGAUCUAAAGAAGGUGGCAAGAGGAAGAAGCCGAAGCAGAGAGAGGAGUCCAAGAAGAAGAAGUCGACCAAAGGCCACCACUAGGCGGACUCGCGGCCACGCCCGCUGCCCGAGCGGGUGCCCCGGCCGGCUCUGUGUGCUCGCGGCACGCGCCACCUGCUCUGCCUCUGUCCCAAGACCACACCUCCUCAGCACGGGGACGCGGAGGAGCCGGCAGUGACGGUCGUGGGUGGCGGCGGCACAAGUGUGGAGCCUGCCCGGACUGCCCUCGCUUCUCCCAGCACUAAACCCGAUCGCGUCUUCCCCGAGUGGCCGGGACCCGGCUCCUCCUCCUCAGCCUUGCGGCCACCCGCUGCCGGGCUACUUCGAGCUCUCGAGGUGCGACAGGCAGAGAACGGAGUGUGUGUUCGUGGAAUGAAUUCCUGCCUGCCUGGCCGCGAUUUCUGGGAGCUAGCGCGAGGGAAGGGCAGGGUGGCCGAGCGGUCUGGCGCAUCGGGUGACCGCCACCACGGUGCUUGUCCUUCAGAGGGGGGUGGUGGGGUGCUAGACCUUCCGGCAGCUCAGCAGCUGGCCUGGCCUGGCCCAUGGGGGCCUUGGGGUGACUCACUUUAGAUAUAAAGUCAUUCCUUACGCUUACCGUAGUCUUAGUCUCUAGCCUGAACUUAACUUCACAGACAGUUUAAUUUUUGCUAAAACCCUUCUUUUUUUUUUUUUUUUUUCUUGGACCCUUAAUUCUUAGCAUAUGCACAGGAUCCUACAGAAUUUUGUUGGGUAAAUGUCAUCUUGGCUCUUAGUUUAGGUGAUGCUGGGGAAGGACGGACACGGUGUUCACACACACACACACUCACUCUCUCUCUCACGUGCCGGUACGAACUGGGAGGCUGAACAGAGUGUGUCCGCCUGUAAACAUUGGUUCCUUUGCAAACAUUUCUCCUGGCAAGAUUCUGUGCGGUUUCCUGAGCUUCUGUCUUUGCAUGAUCCGCUGCUGCUUAACCCUCUGCUCCCGACCAGACCCGGUGCAUCCCUCACCUUCCCUGCAACGCGCCCUGCCCGGGCCGCCCCUCCUCAGCCCGAGGGCGUGUUCACGUAGUGCUUGCGUGGGAGCGAGAGGGGGCCGGGGACGCGCGUCGGUGGCCGCGUCGUGGGUGCGAGGGCCGCCAGCGGGUGCAGCCUUUUUGAAUUUAAGACGACUGUUACAGGCUGGCUUUGGCUUUGCGGGGCGGAGGUGUGGACUGGUGGUCACUGCUUCUGGGGAAACCUGCCCGUGGAGGUGUCCUGUGUUUUCAGAGCUACCUACAGAAAUAAAACCUAAAAGCACCGCA